GUGCUGUCAAUUUGACGUAUGGUGGUCUUGAAAUGUCGGCAAUAGAGAAACAUCUAGGAGAUUUCUUGUGCAGAUUAGACAUUUUCAGCCACAUGAAUGGAUUUAUACUAGUAUAGCAAUAUCGAAGGAUAUAUAGGGUGUAUUUUGGGUAGUGACUGGGUGUUCGUAAACCCAGAGAUUUUUUUUAAGGGUCCAGUUUGUGUUGCGACACCGACCAAACAAAAUUACGUCCUUUUCGUACAUUAUGGGAUGUUUUAAGCCGAAGGGAGGACCUGACGGCGAGGAUGACAAGAAGGCGAAGGAAGCGAAUAAAAGAAUUGAAAAGCUUUUGGCCAAAGAUAAGCAGGUUUACAAAGCAACCCAUCGUUUGCUUUUACUAGGUGCCGGGGAAUCUGGAAAGUCAACAAUUGUAAAACAGAUGAGAAUAUUGCAUGUGAAUGGAUUUGGACCAGAUGAACGAAAGCAGAAGAUAGAAGAUAUUAAAAAGAAUAUCAGAGAUGCAAUUUUGUCAAUAGUGGGAGCCAUGGCCAGUCUUAAUCCCCCUGUCCUAUUGGAAAAUCCAGAAAAUCAGUUCCGAGUGGACUACAUGCUGAACGUGGCGAGCCAGCCCGACUUUGACUACCCGGCAGAGUUCUAUGAACACACAGAGAUACUUUGGAGUGACAAGGGAGUGCAGGCUUGCUAUGAGCGAUCUAACGAGUACCAGCUUAUUGACUGUGCCCAGUAUUUUCUAGACAGAGUCCAUAUAGUGAAGCAGAGUGAUUACACCCCCUCAGAACAGGAUAUAUUACGUUGUCGAGUAUUAACAUCAGGAAUAUUUGAAACAAAAUUUACAGUUGACAAAGUUAAUUUUCAUAUGUUUGAUGUUGGAGGUCAGAGAGAUGAACGAAGAAAGUGGAUUCAGUGUUUUAACGAUGUGACAGCCAUUAUUUUUGUAACGGCCUGUAGUAGUUACAACCUUGUCUUACGAGAAGACCCAAGCCAAAACAGACUGAAAGAAUCUCUUGUCCUUUUCCACAGUAUUUGGAACAACAGGUGGCUACGGAUUAUUUCUAUAAUUUUAUUCUUAAAUAAACAAGAUCUUCUAGCAGAAAAGGUGAAAGCUGGAAAAUCAAAAAUCGAAGACUAUUUUCCAGAGUACAAGCGGUACCAAAUACCUCCUGAUGCUGUGUUAGAACAAGGAGAAGACCCUGAAGUAGCAAGAGCCAAAUAUUUCAUUCGGGAUGAAUUUUUGCGAAUAAGUACAGCAAGUGGUGAUGGAAAACAUUACUGCUAUCCCCAUUUCACAUGUGCUGUGGACACAGAAAACAUUCGGAGAGUUUUUAAUGACUGUCGAGACAUCAUUCAGAGGAUGCAUCUGAGGCAGUAUGAACUCCUGUGAUCGCAAUUUAUUUUUGACUUAGUGGCCUGUAAGCAGGCUUCAAGUCAUCAACUAAUACUGUACACUCAAAGGGGGAAGGACCUUACUGUGUUUACAUGUGUAUGUGACAGAGUAAUUCAUACACUGAAAACAAGCAGAGGAUAAAGAAGAAGCAGAAUCACAUGUUUAGAACUGGGUAAUUCUUCUGGAAUUGACCAGCACUGUUAGGCCAUGCUGACCUCAUGUUCUCAGUACAUUAAGUGCUUCAUUGUUGGAGUUUGGGACGACAUCACCUCCUCCUGUGUGUUGGAACUUCACUCCGUUGUCAUGUGACUUGGCGCGUAAUAGAGAUGACAGUAUUUCAUAUCAUCGCCUGAUCUGUUUUAGGUUGUCUCACAGGAAUUACAUACAGUCCCGCAGUAUUUAAUCAAUACUAGUUGUUUUGCUUUUUUUUUUUUUUUUUUAAAUAUUGUCUUCUAGACUUUUGUAUGUUCUAAUUAUACUAGCCAUUAAAGGCCAACAAAAUUGUAUUUUAGCCUUUGAGUGAUAAAUAUAAUUUUUUGUUUUUCAUUCUGAUAAACAUUUGAACAAGAUUUCUUUACUGGUUUACUACCCUAAUUAAGUGGAACGUUAUGGUAUGAGAAUAUCUGUACUUGUUCACUCUGGAUACACCACAGAGUAGCAGAAUCACAGAGAUUCCAGUAUAGAGCAGUUUGAAUAUCCUGCAGUUAAUUAGGCCAUAAUUCCCCAAGUCUACUAAUUGAAAAAAAAAUAAACAAGUUUUUUUCAGUUCUCCAGAGCUUUAUUUAUUGGUGAAAAUCUGCCUUCUUGUGAUAGUGAAGCUCAUUGGCUGAUCAGAAAACAUGACUGUAAAAGUGACUACAGCUCCAUAACUAAAUGGUAUUGAUACAUAGUAAUUGUUUUAUUGACUAGCAAUGGUCAUGUGAUAUAUGUUCAAUGUUUACAUCACUUUGUCUUCAUUAAAUUGUAAUGAUGCAGUUGAUGGCAAGUCACAGGAGGUGUGGGUAAAACUAGGAACGGUCAGGGACAUGACAAGGAGGAAUUCAAAUGCUUGCUCACUUUUGUUAAUGCUUGUUAUGCAGCUCAAAAGCCAAGAGAAGGGAAACUAGGAUUGAUUAUGCAACAGCAGGAGUGAGUCGGGUAAUGAAGCUGUAUUUUUAUUUUGUGUAGAAUGCCUUAUGACGGAUUGAUUUCUGAGCCUGGCGUUUCCUGUGAUUUCAGUUGGCUGCUUGUUGUUGCAAUUUUAUUAGGUUGUUGCUAUGUCAGUUGGGGCUUUGCUCUCCUUCACUUGUUUCUGUGUAUUCAUGUUUUAUACAGCUGUUUACAAAUUCUCUUGAUGGGAAUUCAGCCAAGUUGAUUUGUCAAUCUGUAUGGAAUGUUUUGGGCUUAUUUAUUUAUUGAAAUUGUUUAUCUGACAAGUUGGAUGUGAGCCCUAUAAUUUGAUAACAGUAUUUUGGUGUGUCAACGGUGAUGAGAAACAAAAUCAUCUACUGACAGAUUGUUAUUAAAUGUAACAUCCACAUUGUGUGUGUCCAUACAGUUUGUUCAAAGUUGUGACAAAACUGUCAUUGAUCUUAACUUGUAAGAGAAGUCAUCCAGUUUUAUCUCUAGUGCUGUUUUAACAUUUAAAGCCUCAUACUGACAUAGAUUAUUUUCAAUCAUUUUCAUCCAUGUUGAUUUGAUGCUUGUAUGACAAAAUGUAAAAAGUGUAUACAAUGUCAUUUGCAUGAUUAAUGAAUUUUUAUAUAUAAAUAUAUAUAAAUAUAUAUUAUUAUUUUUUUCUGUUCAAAGCUUCAAUAUUGAGAGUGAUGAGUGGAUGGUUGGUUUGAUGUUUGUUGGGAGAAUGUGUGUAGUACAUAGCUGUGUUCUGCUCCACUGUUGUUGCAUCAUAUCUAUUAAAAGAAACUCCAUCCACAACCCAUCAUUGAUAGAUUCUAUGGCAAUGUGAUAAUUAUAAAUAAAUGUGUAGAGAAGGGUAUAUGUGUGUAUUUUAUUUUAGCUGGAAAGGGCAUUUCUUUUAAUUCACUUCUUUGAAUAAAGGAUUUGAUUUUUCUUUACAUUGAAAAUUUGGAAAUUUCAUUAAAAGAAUGAUUUUGCCAUGUGCAUAUAUUAAUUGCCAUAGACCAAAUUUCAGGUUGUAAAUAUUUUUAAUCUUGAUUUAAAAACAAAGUGUCUUCAAUGUAUGAUUUGGGUAUAUAUUUGGUAAGUUACAUGAAUUGUUCAAAGUAUUGAGUGAAAAUGGUUGCAGAACUAAUUUCUGUACUUUUUAAUCUUAAUUUUUUUCUGGUCAUUUGUUAAUGCAGUACUGCAGUUAACAAAUUUAGGCUAUUUCAAGUUUUCUAUUAUGUUAAUACUUCAUUAGAUCCAAUAUUAAUUUGAUUUGACUUUUGUCUGGUAUCUGUGUAUGUAGUUGUGGUGAUGCCUUGUUACACCAAUAUAUGUUUUAAGUAUUAUAUGCUUGAAAAGUGAGGCAGGAAAUUUUGUCCAGAAGAAUUUUAACAGACUAUGCACAUGGAGGGCAAAUGGUAUGGUUUUAUGAAGGUUUACAAUGUUUUAAACACUGAAAAAAUCAUUGUGCUAUUUAUAUGUGGUUAAUCAAUGGACUCUAUGGGACAAAAUUUGCUGCCACUAACUCAAGCAGUGUACAAAUAUUUUAAACUUUUGGACACUUGCUGCAGUAGAAACUGAGUGGAUAGAACAGAUGCUGUAUGAAUGAAAGGGUUUAAUUCCAUUACUUAUGUAAAAUAGAGAGCUGGAGAAUUUUGUAGAAAAAGUGAAAUAUUACAAAAGUGGAAUAUCUUUGUAAUGAUUUCAUCUGUGACACCUAUAAAAGAUUUAAAUUAU